CGAUUGGCUCGCGAAAUCUCUAUCCUGUAUAGUUACCAUAAAGCAGCAGCCAUUCCACGAUAUGCCGAGCUCUACGCCGAUGGUAUCGAGUGUACCCACAGAUGUCAAGACACCUCACCUUGCUCCUAUGCAAGCAGUUUUGACAUCCGAGUCAGUAAUACUCUCAAGACAUCUCAAUAUACACCCGAGCUUGACGUAGUCUCGUGCGAAUGGCGAACGUCUUUGGGGCUCUCAACCGCUUCAUUGCCCGCCUGGAUGCGGAACCGCAAAGCCAUCAACAAUCCGGCGGACGGGCAGGAUGGGGCUUCCAGGUGCUUCGCAACAGCGACCUCAACCUUGAUCUAGAACCCUGGUUCGACUUCAUCAUUGGCAUCAACGGCCGCAGUAUUGACAAUGCCGAUCCGAACCUCUUCAUGACCGAGCUACGCAACUGCGCGGGCGCCACAAUCAGCCUAGGGGUCUUCGGCGCGAAAGGGCAGCAAGUCCGCGAGAUAUACCUUUCCGUGCCCACCGAAAGUAGCUUGGGCCUCAGUCUUCAGUGGAGUCCUCUAUCCAUCACGGAUGAGGUGUGGCACAUCCUUGACGUGAUACCUAACUCCCCCGCAGACGUCGCAGGGUUGCUGCCCUACAGCGACUACGUUCUUGGCUCACCAGAUGGAAAUCUCAAGGGAGGCGAGGCGGGUCUCGGUGCCUUGGUAGAGCAUUUCAUGGAACGUCCACUGAGAUUGUGGGUCUAUAACAACGAGUACGAUGUGACGCGGAUGGUCACAAUCACGCCGUCUCGAAGCUGGGGCGGUGAAGGGUCGCUGGGAUGUGUGCUGGGCUAUGGGGCGCUUCACCGGAUCCCAGCGCCACUGACAGAGCCUUCGCAAGCUCCAGGAGAGACACUCUUCGAAGCACACGGUCAGCAUUUCGAGCCUGAGGAUGCGGAUCAAGAGACUCAAUUCAAUGGCGAGCCCGGUGCCACAGACUUCCUUGUGCCCGCGGAAAUGUCCAUCUCGAGUCCACCGGUAGCGAGUGCGGCAUCUUUGGCAGCCACAGCUCCACCACCGGGUAAGGCGAAGAAAGCGCGAGCGCAUCAUGCCGUCGCUCCCGCGGCUGGGUUAGACGACUACUUUGCGGAAGGGGAGCAGAAGUCACGCGCGGCUGACAAUGCACCCUCGACGAACGCAAGCGGUGGACUUCCACCUCCCCCGAGGGCUGGCGGACCGCCUAAAGCUGCGUCUCCGACGCCUGAAAGUUAGCCGGUAAAGGCUGGAGGAAAGUGUGUACGAUAGAUUGCACGACGGCCAUUGCAAACUCUCCCGGAUCCGGCGGCCGCUGCUCACACGUACAACAAACGCGUGAUCAAUGCGAGCAACAGAUAGUCUUGCAUUGAUCGAACGAGUGUAACUUGACGCCGGUAGUCCCGGCCCAAGUUCAGUACAGUGAACCCAAACAAUUCAAUGACUGGGCUCAUACCU